CUUCCUGAAGUCCCCAACAACUCUUAGCAAAGGGACUGUAGGGCCCAUGUCGCGACCCUGUGGACUCCCAGAGCCUGUCAGGAACAAUCUGAUAGAUGAUGCCAAGGCUCGCUUGAGAAGGUUUGAUGUUGGGACCAGAUAUUCCCAUUUGUCUCCUAAUAAAUACUCUGUCCUCCUGCCAUUGCUGGCCAAAGGAGGAAAGCUGUACUUGCUGCUCACUGUCCGCUCAGACAAGCUGAGAAGGGCACCUGGAGAAGUCUGCUUCCCUGGAGGAAAGAGAGACCCGGCGGACAUGGAUGACACGGCUACUGCUCUCCGUGAAGCCCAGGAGGAAGUGGGGCUGUAUCCCCACCAAGUGGAGGUGGUCUCUCACCUGGUGCCAUAUCUGCUUGAAAAUGAUGCACUGGUAACUCCAGUAGUGGGUUUUCUAGACCACAACUUCCAGGCCCAGCCUAAUGCUGAUGAAGUUAAAGAUGUGUUCCUCAUGCCUUUGGACUAUUUCUUGCAACCCCAAGUCUACUACCAGAACCACUUCACACACUCUAACUACCAUUUGGUUAUACACUGCUUUGAGUAUACAGACCCUGAAACUGGUGUGAAGUAUGUAAUCAAGGGAAUGACUUCAAAACUGGCUGUGCUUGUUGCCUUAAUUAUCUUGGAAAAAAGUCCCUCCUUUGACAUUGAGUUUGAUCUCAAUGACCUAAUACCAUCUUGUGAAAAGACCUUUCUUCGGAAAUUUCCUCCAAGCAAGUUGUGAAGACAUCAACACCCUAAAGAACAUCCAUGAGGUCUGGUGUGAGCAACAAUGUCAGCAAGUGGAACCUGACAGGUGUGAAUAUUUUUCUUGCAAGGUGAAUGCAAGGCCUUGCCUGGUUUCCUGUUGCCCUUUCUUCAUCUAGAACAUUAAAUGUCUUUCAAAACCGAAAAAAUGCUUUGGCAGGGCAGUAUAAUUUUACCCAUGAUACCAAUAUUUUUAGUUGGCAUAUAGUAGGCACUUAAUAAAUGUUUGUUGAGUAUA